AUGGCUGUGCCUGCAGAUGUCCAAGAGGAAAUCAAAGAGCUCCUCGACCCAGCCAACACUACUGGUGUUCAUGUGAAGCUGGAGAAGAUCCUGCUUUCUUUGGAGAAGGUGGGCUUGGCAUACAAAGCCAUGAUUUCUCCAAGAGAGAUCAUGUGUCACCCUGAGAACAGAGGGACUUCCAUGUGCAAUGCACACAAUGUGCAUUUGAAGGGCACUCAGGUGCUGCAAAGUGGCUUGAAGAAAGACUUGUUACCACCCAAUUCUUUGGGGAUUGAGCUUGCAGUUGGACCUGAUGAGAGGUCAAAGCAAUUGAGAGCCAAUCAGCAGAUGAUUGGCCAAAGCAAAGGGAUGCUUGCACCUCUCCAAGGUGGGGAGAGGUUCUUGAGUUUAGCUAGCUCCCACUUCAACCAGUUUUGCAGGGCCCUUGACCAUGGGUGCACCAAGGCAGAUGGAACACAGCUCCACAUGACACCAGAGAUCAAGGCAUUGGUGGAAUCUGGCUGGCAGUGGACAAUGUUGAAAGCAGAGGCAGCUGUGAUGUUUCCAGACUUGCCUGCUUUUUGCUCCAUGAGCAUGAAUGCACACAACAGCAACACCAUCUUGACCAAUGAGCUGGAGGCAAUGAUGGAACUUGCUGCCCUACACAGAAGUGGCAUGAGGAUGCAAGAUGCAGUUCAAGCUGUUUGCCAAAGCAGCCCUUCUUGCAAAGCAUACAUAGAUGACUGUGCACAGUUCAUGCGCCUCUACUCAGGAGGGGACACCUUCCCAAUGCUGCUCUGGUUGGACGGGUUCUGCAAAGCUUCUGGCCAUUCCCUUUUGGUUGGUGAGGAAAACACCAACUUGCUUGCCCACUACAAUUUCAGGUUGCCUGGAUGCCAGCUCAACUUCCUUCGCAUUGCCUUAUUGGCAACAAUUCUCAGCUCAAAGCGCCACCAGGAUGGAAUAUCAAAACUUGUCUUCAAAUCAGACUUUGACAAGUUGAAGGGCAAGAGCACAACCUUGGCCAUGGAAGACCUUCUUUCCCAGGGCUGGGCUUCAUGCCAGAAGGUGGCAAACAAAGCCCUGGGUGAAAUGAGCUUUGGUAAGUUUUGUGUGCGGCUUGUCCUGCAUGCAUUGCAGAAAGAGAAGUUUGAGAAGUUUAGCAGAGAUGGACUUGUUGCAGCUGUCAAAGCGACUGAUGCUGACAAAGUAAAGGAUUUGCUCAAAGCAAGCCCAGAUGAAGUAGCUAUGUUGCAGAACAGCCACAUCAGUGUUGGAAAGAACUACAUGCACAAGGACUACAAGGAGCAGGUAUUUGCAUUGGAGGGCAUCAAGGAUGGUUGUGGUGUCUUCAAGCAUGUUCCAUUGUUUGGUGAGACUCUUGAAGUUGUGGCCAGCGUGGAAGAGCUGAAGGAUUGGAAGAGCACUAAGAAAGAAAUGUGCCAGCUUUGCCCCAGAGAUGUUAUCAAGGAUCGACUUCCUGAGGCUUGCCCACUAGUUUUGGAUGAGUGGGACAAAAUGUGUGCAAGCUAUUUGUUGGCAGAGGCUUACAAAGAGAACAACAAGGCAAAUGUGGACAUGGUGGCAUUCACAAAGUUUCCCAAUGGCUUGCUUGCCUUGAGGAAGCUCAAGGUGAAAGAGCUGCAGCUUUACCCUGUGGGAACUUUGGCAAAGGUGCAAGGCUUCAAGGCCUACAACCCCAUCAAGAGUGAAGAGGCAGGAGUUGUGUGUGCAUACUUCUAUGUCAAGGCCACUGAAGAUGAGCAGGAAGCCAACCUUCAGGUCAUUUGGAAGACCUACAAAGAUCUAAUCAUUCCAGUCUUGGAGAACCCCAAGCAGGUUGCAGAGCAGACACCCCUGCUCAAGGGGAAAGAUGUUUCUGCCACACCACCUGCCAAGAAGGCAAGGAAGACAUAA